AUGUGUAAAGUUCAAAGAUUUUUUACGGGGUACAAGGACGGGACUGAAGACUAUUCGUACCAGGUACAUAAUUCAUCGCCUCAGGAGUUUUUCCCUUGCCCCUCCAUCCUGCCCCCAAACUCUCGUGUUCGUUGCGCAGCCUUUACGCCCAGCGCCAGAAGGAGCAGAAGGAGGCCCGCCGCUCCAUGAUCUCCAAGAGGCGCAGCUCUCGCAAGGCUUCCGCCAAGGUGGUGGCUUAAACAACGUGGUUGCAGUCGAUGGCAUGCAUUGCCAUGCCACGCGGCAUGAAUCCGUGAUUUUGUUGCGGAUUUAAUGCAACCGGGGGAAGACCGUAUCUCAGCUUUGACCCGUGGGUAGAGCUCGUUUUGAGCUGCUGCCACAGGAGUAGGACCCCUGGCGGGUUUUGGCUUCGUUGGGUAAGGGUCUUUUAACUGCUUGCUCUGCUCGCCGCUCCCGCGGUGGCGUUGGCAUUGUACGCGUAAUGAACGGGGGACAUGAACUUCAGCUCUCCUUUAUUGGG